AUGUACGAGGAUGCUUCUCCUUCAACUGGACUAGGGCAGUACUCGUCAGCCUCUCAUGUCGGCGCCGCUUCGUCAAGUGCCCCUACAGUACCCUGCAUAAAAAAAUUAAGAUUUUAUUUUAUAAGUUUUAACUACUUAUAUUAUUACUAUAUAAAAGAUUAA